AACGAUCACAUUAAAGACGUCAAAGUUGAAGAUUUUGAUUGGAUGUAUCAAACAAACGUCCUUGGGCCAUUGCUCAUGGUCCAAGCCGUAGAGAAAUAUCUACCCAAUGAUAGAAGUGGUAGAAUUGUAAACCUCUCUUCAAUAUCCUCGUCAGAAGAGUUCCAUGGCCAGACGGUGUACGGUGGGACAAAGGCUGCCGUUGAAUCUAUGACACGGACUUGCGCUCGUGAGCUUUGCGAGCGCUGCACAGUUAAUUCUAUUAAUCCAGGCCCUGUUUUAACAGACACGUGGACCGGAAUGCCUCCGAGUCACAGAAACGGACUGAAAGAUUGGAUGGCCCAUUCGCCGCUGGCAGCAGCGAGAAAGGGAAUUGACAGCGAGGAAUUGAUCGAGCAAGCAAUAGAUGCAGGUGGCAGACCAGGAUAUCCGUCCGAAAUUGCUGGUAUCGUUGGUAUGCUCUGUUCAGAAGAAAGUGGUUGGUGUACUGGCCAAAGUGUUUGUGCAAAUGGAGGGAUGCGUAUGGCAAUAUGA